AGAGAGAGAGAGAGAGAGAGAGAGAGAGGAAAAUGGGUGGACGGAAAGUCCCCGUGUGGAAAUCCCCUUGACUCGGGCUUUUUCUUUUUUUGUUCUUCUUCUAAACUAUCGCUUGCGGACGUCUGUACUCUUUUGAAAGGCUUCGCAAGCUGCGAUGACUCAAAAUUAGCUCUGAUAGUGAAGGAAAGAGGAGGUUGAAUGGCGCCGAGCACCGCUGCGGUGAGGCUGAGUGAAGUGGCUGAGAGAGGACUAGCCUGAGCAUCCGGGAGGGCUUUGUUAUUACCCCGACAUAUUACACAGGGGGGACAUGGAGGAAGCUUGAAGCCUGCUCACGACAGUGGCUUUGACAGCCAUUGUUUACAAAGACGUCACCCUCGAGCGCAUAACAGGACAUUUCUACGGCUAAAUGUGGCAUUUGCGGCGCCACGCCAAGUCGAUACCCGCGCUUUGAGAUGCUAUUGAAGACUACAUUGUUGCAAAGAUACCACGUUGUUCGGCUGGUGGUUGGUGCCUCCUCCUCCUCCUUUCCUUCUCCUUGUUCCUCCUCCUCCCCUCCUUCCAUCCAUCAGGCCACCAUCAUGUCACAGGGUCAGAACUUCCUCCCUAAAUUCCUGUUUGUCUCCAACCUGCUGAAGGCGGUGAAGAUCCGACAGCGUGUGCCCAACGAUGUGGUGAAGCCGGCUGCCAGUGGCGGCCUGAUGCACCACCUGCGGGGGAUGCACAGGUACACGCUGGAGAUGAUUGCCAUGAACCACUUCCCACAGGCCUUCAGGGAAGUGGUUCAGGCCGCCAUCCUGGACCGUGCCAUGCAGGCCUCACUGGAGCAGGAGAAGAAGCUGAACUGGUGUCGAGAAGUGAAGAAGAUGGUGCCGCUACGGACCAAUGGAGAUGGGAACUGUUUGCUCCAUGCAGCCUCUCAAUACAUGCUGGGCGUUCAGGACACAGACCUGGUGCUUCGAAAAGCCCUCCAUGGUGUUUUGAAAGAGACAGACACUGGCGUCUUUCAGGCUCGUUUCCAAGCAGAGCUGCUCCAGUCCCAGGAGUUCACCCAGACCGGACUACGAUACACCACCAUGAACUGGGAGGAUGAGUGGGAAAAGAUUGUGAAGAUGGCGUCUCCGGUCUCCAGUAGCAACGGCCUCCAGUUUGACUCCUUGGAGGACAUUCACAUCUUCGUCCUCUCCAACAUUCUCCGCAGACCCAUCAUUGUCAUCGCAGACCAGGUGGUCAGGAGUAUGAAAUCUGGCUCCUCCAUCUCUCCUCUGAAUGUUGGUGGGAUUUAUCUGCCGCUACACUGGCCGCCCACAGAGUGCUACAAAUAUCCAAUCGUGCUUGGCUACGACUCCCAGCACUUUGCACCCCUCAUAACCAUCAAAGACAGUGGUCCAGAGAUAAGAGCUGUACCACUUAUAAACCCGGGACGGGGGGCUUUUGAGGAGCUGAAGGUUCACUUCUUGAUGGAGAAAGAACAGCAGCAGAAGGAGAGGCUUCUCAAAGACUACUUGCUACUGAUAGAGAUCCCUGUCAUAGGCUUGGGCUACGAUGCCACACGGAUCAUUAAUGCUGCACGGCUUGAUGAGGGAAACCUCCCAGAGGACAUGAACCUGAUGGAGGACUACCUGCAGCUUGUCAACCAUGAGUAUCAGCGCUGGCAGGAGGACAAGGAGCAGGCAUGGGCAGCCCAGCCACAGCGCCCACCGCCCUUCUCCGUCUCCCAGCUCUCCCUCAUCGAGAUACGCUGUGCUACACCGCGAUGCACCUUUUAUGUCUCUGUGGACACGCAGCCUCAUUGCCAUGAAUGUUUUGAGAAGCGACAAGCCACUACUGGAGGAGGAGCGAGGAUAGAAGGUGUGAUCCAAACCAAGGGAGGAGGGGUACAAGGUGGGGUUGGAGUGAUAGGGGGAUCAGAGACAGAGGUGAGCUCCAGAGGAGUGCAAAGCAGCAGCCCCCCAUCCUCCUCGUCUGGGAGAGGGGUAGCAUUAUCCAGCCCCCGCUCAGCCCCACCCACUGCUCCCAGCCUCAGCCUGUACAGUGAAACUCAUGCCAUGAAGUGCAAGACACCUGGCUGCCUCUUCACCCUCAGCGUGGAACAUGACGGACUCUGUGAGCGCUGCUUCAACUCCAGGCAGAACCAUGGACCCCCUGGAGCUGGAACAGCUGUAACAGGACUACCAGGCCCCAAUGGGGGCCCUACAGUCCCCCACCCAGGCCAGGGCUCCGGCUGGACGCAGUGGCCGGGCCGGGAGACAGAGACAGAGCGCUGUAACAUGUGCAGACAGGAGGCGUUCAGGGUAUUUAAUGGCCUAUGUCCACCCUGCAUGCAGAGACAGCAGGCUCCAGACAGGGGAGAGCCACAGCAGAACAACCCCAGAACUGAGGCCUCAUCGUCAGCUUGGACCCAGGCCAGGGAUGCCGAGCGGCCAUGUCUCACCCUAACUCCGGGUCACACCUCAGCCUGGCAAACCCCUCUGGCCCGGCCUUGUAAAAGAUCUGGCUGCCAAUUCUUUGGGACGCCAGAGAAGUUGGGUUUCUGCACUAUUUGCUACGUAGACUAUCAGACAAACCACCACUUGACCCCUCCGCCUCCUCCAGUCCAGACCCGGCACGGUGUGGAGGCAGGCUUCCAGAACGCCACCCGGUGUCGUGGACCUGGCUGUGGUGCGGUUGGAAAGGCGAUGCUUGAGGGCUAUUGCGACAAGUGCUAUGUCAAGGAGCAAAGUACAAGGCUAAACCAGGUGGCAAAUCGCACACCACACUCCCCUCCUCUGGUCGUGCGUGACCGAGCAGUCAAACCCAGAUCUUCGCAGCAAUCCCAGACCCAGACCCAGACUCAGUGCCGGCGCAGUGGCUGCAGUAAUGUGUCUCCGGGUUGCACAGACCUCUGCCCAGAGUGCCACACACGUGGCCAGGGCAGAGAGGCGGGCAGGCGGGCGCAGGCGCCAAAGGAAAAGUCCAAGCAGCGAUGCCGGACGCAGGGCUGUGACCAUUACGCCAACCAAGAAAAACAGGGCUACUGCAACGAGUGUGACCACUUCAAACAGAUUUAUCGCGGCUGACCACAUACGCACCCACGCACGCAACAACGGUGAUGACACAUCGCUAGCACGCUAGAGCUGCUGCCCUGCUGUGGGCGCCAAAUGCCAGUCAAUGCACCUCUGAUACUAACUAACCAACUAACUAACUAGCUAGUGACUAACUAGCAACCUUAUGGCCUGAAAAUCAAACCCCCCAUGUAGAAUGUGAAGAGAGAGUGUAUGUACAUGGGGGGUGGGGUGGGUGGGGGGUGGGGGUGUGUGUGUGUGUGUUCACAGUAGACAUGGCCUCCAGAAUACCUCUUUGUGCAAUUAUUAUCAUCUGCUGUGCCCAGUGCACUUAUACAGUGAGAGGAUUGGCUACAUGUCAGAGCAACUGACUUAACGCUUGUGUACAAUAUGUAUUUAGAGGUACGUAUUGAAUCGUGCCGGACAUAAUGAUUGUAUGUUGACAUAAGAAGCAUCUGACAUUGCUUUCUAGACCACAGCCAAGGAUUUUUGCCCCGUCUGUUUGUCCGUCUUAACCCAUCUGUGUACCUGUCUGCCUGUCUGUCUAGCAGUGCUCUGUAGAGUGAGGGGAUGAAGGAGUUAGACAGGACCAGAAACCAAUCUAUGGAAGUACAAGUGAGCUAAACUGGGCCAAAGCAAAGAAAGUGAUUUUUUUAAUCUUACUUGUCCUCCUCCAAAAAUAAACAAAGUCUUGCCAAAAAGGCUGUUACAAUCAAUAUUGUAUAAUAAACAAGUAUUCAUUUCUUCCAUUAUUCAGUCAAUGGCAGUGUUAAUAUUUUGAGCCAAAUUAUCCUUACUAUUUUUAUCUACCUUUUAUAUGAAGAUGAUCUGGUGAAUUGCUAGAUAUGGAAAGGGAGACCAUGUAUCUCGAAAGUGCGAGACAGACAGGGCAGGCCCCUGCUAGUUUUGGUGCUACAUGUACAGAAAUACAAGCCUCUCCAUUGUAGCCAACAUGCUGGCGGUCUCAGCGGACAGAAGGCAGAGAACACAGUGGAGACAGGACUCAUUCUCUUUCUAUUCUCUUUCCUUCCUUUUAUCCCCCUCUUCUCCUCCAAAAUAGAUCUGUUGCCUUGGACAUUGCUUUCCCGUUUACUGACCACUUAAGCACCUAGAAAUGCAUAGAUACACAAACCUAUACAUACUCACACAAAUGUAGAAGCUCCAGUUUUGUCCGGGAUUGCCAACUCUAUAGUGAACUGAGACCAUGUUGAAGCAAGAAGUCUGGAUGAGUAUCCACCUUACCACCACAUGCACACACAUGCACACACAUGCACACACAUGCACACACAUGCACAUGCAAACACAGCUCUGUAAGAUUGUACGCACCCCACCCCAGUCUGAGGUGAUGUGUAUGUAAACAAACCUGUAGAGAAGUGCAUUCCUCUCUGCCCCACCCAACUGGAUGUGCCAAGGCGACAAUUUUGAAAACUUCUAAGAGCAAUCCCAUUGCCUGCUUUGGCUAAUCUUGUUUAUCUGAAUGUGUUUUGUGCUGCUGCUACAACAGCACACUAUUGGGGCUGAUCCUCGAUAAGUUUUGCCUUUAAGUAGUGAUUGAAAUUUUAUGGACCAGAGGGGCCUGAUCAUGGAUCAGUGCCCCCACCUGUAAAAUGCUUAUGUGAAUAUGGAUCUUGGUCCAUAUCACAGGACCUUCCAACCCGAUGCCUCAUCUGCAACACACACACACAUACACACACACAAUGCACGCAAGCGUGCAUCUGGAAUACGCAAAACUGACAUUCCUGUUUUUUUCUAUAUAUUUUGAGAUUUUUUAAUGUAUUUUGAUAUAUUUGGUUUUGUUUUUGCCAAAAAUUACAUGUGCCAUCUAUCGCCAGACAGUUGUUGUUACCUCCUUAAAAAUGGCCAGCCUGGACCAUUCUGAACUAACUAGACUGCCGCAGGUAGACAUCUCCCAUGAGACAACUUGUAGUCAGUGUCACCUCAGACUACAAGUUGUCUCAUGCUGAACAUUUCCAAAUGAGCACUUUCUCUUCGGGGGAACCUGUGUUAUUCAAAUAUAAAAAUAUAUUUAUCUGCCGAGAUAACCCCAAGCCUAAAACUUCAAUCAAACAAACUUGAAUGUGAUAUCAACGGAAUGGGUUAUCCCCUUUACUUCUGCUGAAGAACUCCCCCUAUGUGUAAGCAGAUGUCCAUCUGUGGCUCUAGUUGGAGAAGCAUAGACAAACAGGCUCUUGGUCUGCCUUUUCAUUCAACUGUAUCUAAAGCUGUCAGGCCGGCCUGCGUGUUGACGGCCUGUAAGUAGAUCUCUGUGUGCUUUAAUCACCUCUAGACAAACCUUAAUCAAUUAAAGGCUAAUAAGUGGUCGGCUCAUCAUGACCUCUUAAGGUUUCGGGGCGUUGGCUGAGUUUGACUGGGGAGAGAUCACAUAAGUUGCACAUGACUUGUCUAAGCUGCUGAGGCAUUUAGGAAUGGUACUCCGACUCGCUUAGGGACAUUCCAACAGUAGGAUAAACCGUCUGUUUGAGAUCAGAAGGUGUAACAAAACAUGCAAACUGUGUGGAAGUUUCUUUGUGUGAUCUUUCAACAUUAGGGUAUUGUAUGAAAAAAGCCUGGUUUUAUUUGUUAAGUAUUUAUUCAUAUCAAGAUAUCUGUAUUGUGUGAUUCAAUAAUUAUUUAUAUGUCGUCCUGAAAUGAAUUAUUUUUAUUAAGAAAUCUGAAA